CAGGAGACAGAGCCUCAGUUGAUCCCACUGUAAGGAUCCUUCUGUGCCCAGUCCUGUGGUCCUGCUGAUAUCCGAAGAGCACAAAAGUGACCAUGACUUCAGCACAGUGGUCGGUGGAGAACGGCUCUAAGCACAGAGAGGACUGCUUCCCGGCAGCUGAUGGAUCCUGCCUGUGUACAUCUCCAGCCACACGCCUGGUCCUGCCCGUACUGUAUACCUUCAUGCUCCUGAUGGGACUGACGGGUAACGCCUGGUCCCUCUGGAUCUUCACCAAGAUGAUCCACACCAAGAGCUCCACACACAUCUAUCUGAUCAGUCUGGGUGUCUCCAACCUGCUGCUCUGCCUCACCAUGCCCUUCCAGGCGGCCUACUUUGCGGCGGGAGCCAGCUGGCGGGUCAGCGACCCGGCCUGCAGACUGGCCAUAGGCCUGGUGACACCAGUGCUGCACAUCAACAUCUAUGUGGGCAUGUUCACGUUGACCUGGAUCGGCCUAAGCCGCUGCGCUCUGCUGCUGCAGCACGACCUCGGCGGUCGGUCCAGCACCUGUACCAGCGUCUUACCGCCAUCGUUCUUCCACAGGCUACGGCAGGCGAGUUUCGCCAAGGUCUCCUGCGUGGUCACGUGGACCGUUGUGAUUGCCGCCGUGCUCCCCGUGGUCAUAUAUUACUCCGUCCAGGAGGCCACGGCUUUGGACAGGACACAGGUCUGCUACAGCCUGCCCGUGGAGGUGGGCGGGGGCGGCUCCCGGGGCGCAGCAGUCGUGGCUUUAGUCUUCUUCUACAUUUGCUUCCUGUUGGUACUGGCCUCCUACAGUGCCGUGUCCCGGUACUUCAUCAGGUCCCGAAGGAACACGGUCAUCUUGGAGAAGCACCAGGUCUACGCCAGAGUCCUGCGCAACAUCGUCGUGAUCCAGUUCGUGCUCACGGUCUGCCUGCUGCCGCACCACAUAUUUAAGGCCGUGUUCAUCAACCAGGUCCGGCAAGCAGCCCAGCUGGUGACCGACGGCUGCCACUCGCUGUCCUGGCUGGUGGAGGUGAAGAACCUCCUCACCUGCCUGGCGGUCCUGAGGUGCAGCAUCGACCCCAUCAUCUACUUCCUGUUGGACAAGACCUUCCGCAAGUACGCCAUGGGCAUGUUAAACACCAGCGUCACCUCGCAGGUCCCCCUGCCAGCCAUUCAGUCUUUUCCAUCUGUCGCCCAAAACAGAAGCUGUGGACGGGAUAAUCAGUGCGUUCAAGCCAUGACACAAGAAAGUCCAAUGGUCUAAACUUUGCCUAUUUCAUCCAGCAUUUUUUAUUCAUAAUUCUGAAUGUGCUCCUAGCAACUGUAAGACCAUGUAGCUCUUCAUAUUUAAAAUGAAAAAAAAAUUCACUCAUGGUGACCUGUUCAACAAAGCAGCAUUCUGCAUUAGCUUGCAUUUGUUGAUGUGUGGAAAUGAACGCUUCCUUAUUUUCAUGGAAGAUCCACGACAUCUCCGUGGCAACGCACAGUUCUCUUUUAGAGGAUGUGAGCUGUCCCACUCUCCUCACCUCAUGCUCAUUCCUCUUCCAGCUGCCUGUUCUCAUUUCAGGUCCUUGUUGUAUGGUUCACAAACUCCUCAGGUGUUCUGUCACAAUUCUGGAGGCAUUUACCAUUUCAGGAAAAACAUUAAUCCCAUAAAACAUAAAACCACAUAAACUCCAGUUUCCAACUGCGGUUCAGAAGCUGAGCAUCGUGUUCAGGGGUGUAAUGAACAAACUGCGUCUUAAUUUAUAGAUAUGUGUAAGGUGGACCACAAGAGUGCACUGUAUCCGAGGACAGCACAGGAGAGGGUGAUUAUAUUUAAUCGUACCAUCCAUCCAUCCAUUUUUCAAACCGCUUAUCCUACUGGGUCGCGGGGGACCCGGAGCCUAUCCCGGAAGCAAUGGGCACGAGGCAGGGAACAACCCAGGAUGGCGGGCCAGCCCAUCGCAGGAAACAUUCAUACACCAUUCACUCAUGCAUGCACACCUAUGGGCAAUUUAGCAACUCCAAUUAGCCUCAGCAUGUUUUUGGACUGUGGGGGGAAACCGGAGUACCCGGAGGAAACCCCACGACGACAUGGGGAGAAUAUACAAACUCCACACACAUGUGACCCAGGCGGAGACUUGAACCCGGGUCCCAGAGGUGUGAGGCAACAGUGCUAACCACUGUUGCCGCCCCUUAAUUGUACCAAAAUAUGUUUCAUUUGUUGUAAGACUGUCUUGUACUCAAACUAAAUACUAAUAAAGCAUUGUGUAAAUCAUUUUUAGCCACCCUUCUGUGCAUGUUGCUGUUUACUCUGACAGGUUGGUGGCCACCGUAACUCCAUAGCCUGACUAAGAGCUCCAGCGGACCAAGCACGGUGCCGUGCUGCGCACCUGCUCAGAGCUGCACCUUUAAGGAAACGUCACACGGUGGCACCGUCUAAGGUGGCGGCUCGAAUUGAUCACAGCAAUAAGAUCAGAUCUGUCCUGUGUGUGUGCAAGAUUAGAUUCAAGUGCAGAUAUGCAGAUAUGCAGAAGUGGGUGAUACGCAGGCCUGGGGAGCGAGGAUGCGAUCUUUGGCCCCGUCAGCCUUCCUGCAAAGGCAGAUACUUAUGAGAAGUUUCCACCCCCAAUAGAGAAGCUGCUUGCUCUCA